UAAAAUACAUAAUUUUCUGGUUCGCUUUUAGAUUUGUUAAAUGGUACAAACAGCGAGACUGAAAAGCCGCCAUUAUUGUCUGCCAGUGAAGCAAUUUCUUGUGCUUAUUCCUUUGUUCCUAUCAUCGCCGACUUCGAUUUCACAUUUCUCAGUGACGGAUCUGAGGAAGAAAAUUCCUCGUCAGCCCAUUUUUUCCGAGUUAUUUUCCAAUUUUCCUUCGCAAUUUUUCCAAAUUAGGCGAUUGCGGAUUGGUGGAGAGUUAGGGCUUUUCGAUUCUUGGCUGAAACAAGCACCAUAAUCUCAUAUGUUUUUUAAUUCGAGUGAAGUUCUUCAAAUAAGAAGGGAAUAAAGCGAAAUAUUUAUUGGAGUCGUGUAUAUCAGGGGUGAUUUUGGAGGAUUAGGCUUUCUAAAAUGGGGGAAACUGUCCCAAUAUACUUGAGCAUUUUCGCCUUCUUUUGCACCGUCGGAGCCAUUGCUCUGGCCACUUUUCAUAUCUACAGGCACCUCAAGAAUUACACAGAACCUACCUAUCAGAGAUACAUCGUUCGAAUCAUUUUUAUGGUCCCAGUUUAUGCAUUGAUGUCUUUCUUGUCCCUUAUUUUGCCGGCGAGUUCAAUCUAUUUCAAUUCCAUUCGGGAAGUUUACGAAGCUUGGGUCAUUUAUAAUUUUCUAUCACUUUGCUUGGCAUGGGUUGGUGGCCCAGGAGCUGUUGUCCUUAGCUUAAGUGGUCGGGUGCUAAAGCCGUCAUGGUAUCUGAUGACUUGUUGCUUUCCUCCCAUACCAUUGGAUGGACGCUUUAUACGUAGGUGCAAGCAAGGAUGUUUGCAGUUCGUGAUUCUGAAGCCUAUAUUAGUUGCUGUGACGCUCAUCCUUUACGCAAAAGGAAAAUACAAAGAUGGAAAUUUUAAUCCAAACCAGUCAUAUCUUUAUCUAACAAUCAUCUAUAUGUUGUCGUACACAAUGGCUCUCUAUGUAUUGGCUUUGUUUUAUGUUGCUUGCAAAGAUCUGCUUCAGCCAUUCAAUCCAGUUCCAAAGUUCAUCAUAAUAAAAUCUGUCGUUUUCUUGACUUAUUGGCAGGGUGUACUGGUCUUUCUUGCUGCAAAGUCAAAGUUCAUAAAGAAUGCAGAUGAUGCUGCUCAAUUUCAGAAUUUCAUUAUAUGCGUAGAGAUGCUUAUCGCUGCUGUUGGACAUCUUUAUGCAUUCCCAUACAAGGAGUAUGCUGGUGCAAACAUUGGUGGAUCCCGUGGUUUCACAGGAAGCCUCGCCCAUGCCGUGAAGUUAAACGACUUUUACCAUGACACAGUGCACCAGUUUGCACCUACUUAUCAUGAUUAUGUGCUUUACAACCACAAUGAGGGUGACGAGGGAACUAGGAAAUAUCGGUCACGCACCUUUGUCCCAACUGGACCAGAGAUGGAUGCUGUCAGGAAAAACAAACACCUUGGAAACAAGAUGGAUGACAUACAGCUUUCCAGUCUGUCAACUUCGAACUCAAGCACUCCUAAAGGUUCUACUUCAGUGCCCGAUUCUGCAACUUCCGAGGCAAUGAAGUCUUCCUUGCUUGUGGAUACUUCUGCUGCUUUUUCAGUGCCAUAUGACAUGUCGCUUAUUGACUUGGACAUGUCGAGUUACCCUGCAAAGGUGCCUGCUGCAAAGGAAAGUGAUUUCAGGUGACAAGAAUGAAUGGAAUGUGGUAGACAGGUAAUAGAAGGGUGUCCAUACAAAGAAAAGAUGAUAUUGUUCGAGAGGGAUGCGGUUGUAGAUUGUUCUGUUCUUUCGGCAAAGCCUGAUUGUGCUUUUGUAUUGGCUUCAAAUUUCAAUGUACUCCCUCUCUGGCUCUCUCCCACCCUUCAUUAUAUGCUAUAACGAAUCAACGAUCGAUAUGAUGCUUCCCAGUUCCCACUGAGGUAGUCUUUAAUGGCCUGUUUGUCCGUCCGGUGUGCAUUGUAGAUAAAGAACCUCUGAUUGUCAUACUUCCAUUUCAUGACCACAAUAUCAAAGAUAACAUAGAAUUGAGUCUUUGUUCUUAUUGAAUUCAUUUCUUUAUUCCAUAGCAUA